UCUCCUGCGAUUUUUUUUUUUUUUUUUUUUUUAAAAAUUUUGUUUUAUGGAAAUUUCCGCCUAGGAUCCUGGCCUCGGACCUCGCAAUUUGGCCUCUUACCACCCCUUAUUUUUUCCUCUUCGAUUCUAUCGAUACAAAAGUGUGGUUGCCUGGUUCAACCCAGCCUUAUCCUUACUCUUGGAGCGCCCUUGCUUACGUUCGUCCACAUACUUGGACCUGGUAAACCUUGAGGUGGUUGCCAGCCUUGACAAGAAGCAAAAAAGCCUUAUUGGGUGCCGCAAAAUUCUCCCGGCCCUUGCAUGGCCCCCUACAAUAACUGUUACAGCCAUGGAAAAUCUCGAUUGUGUGGUUAUCGGCGCUGGCUGGUAUGGUCUAGCGUCUGCAAAGCAGUAUCACACCCAGAACCCUGACCACGUCCUGGCGAUCCUGGACUCGUCGCCAACGAUCGGCGGGGUUUGGGCCGAGCACAGACUGUACCCGGGAUUGAAAAGUAACUGCCUCAGAGGCAGUUACGAAUUCCCGGACUUCCCCCUCACCGACGACUACGGCGUCCCCGACCGCAAGUACCUGCCCGGUGAGGUCAUCAACCGCUACCACGUGUCGUAUGCCAAACACUUUGGCAUCCACCGCUUCUUCCGCGGCUCCACAAGGGUCGUCAGCGCCGAACACGAGGCCGGCGACGGCGGCUGGACCCUGACCAUCCAGAGCGGCUACGACGUGCAAAACCCCGACCAUGAUCUGCCGAGCACGCAAAUCUUCACCAAGCGCCUCAUCGUCGCCACCGGCCUGACCUCUGACCCCUUCAUGCCCACGUAUGCGGGACAGGACGACUAUGGCGCGCCGCUGUUCCACUCGCGGGACUUUAAGCAGAACGCCGACACGCUCGAGGCCGGUCGGACCAGGCGCGUGACCGUGCUGGGCGGCAGCAAGAGCGCGUGGGACGCCGUGUACGCCUAUGGAUCGCGCGGCAUCCCCGUGGACUGGGUCAUCCGCCAGUCUGGCCACGGCCCCUGCUGGAUGAGCCCCUCGUUCGUGACGCCGUUCAAGAAGUGGCUCGAGGCGCUCGUCAACAUCCGGCUCCUGACGUGGUUCAGCCCCUGCGUCUGGGCGCAGGACGGCGGCUACCAGGCCAUGAGGAGGUUCUACCACGGCACGGCGGUGGGCAGGGCCAUCACCAAGGCCUUUUGGAGCGUGCUGGGCGGCGACGUCACGAGCCUGUGCCGCUUCGACUCGCACCCCGAGCUGGCCAAGCUCAAGCCCUGGACGGACGCCUUCUACGCCGGCUGCAGCUUCAGCAUCCUGAACUACGACACCGACUUCUUCGACCUCGUCCGCAGCGGCGUCGUCAAGGUGCACAUUGCCGACGUUGACCACCUGAGCCACCACAAGGUGCACCUGGCCGACGCCGAGGGCACCGUGCUCGAGUCCGACGCCUUUGUCAGCGUCACCGGCUGGAGGGACAGGCCGCCGCUCAAGUUCCUGCCCGAGGGCAUCGAGGCCGAGCUGGGCAUGCCGCACUACCCCCCCUCGGAGCCCGUGCCCACCGACCUGGCCAGCCAGAGGCACUUGUUUGACCGCGCCGACGUCGAGAUCCUGUCGCGCUUCCCGCGCCUCAAGGACCCGGGAAGCUUCAACAAGCGGUACGUGCCGCUGGCGCAGCAAAAGGGCGUCACGGUUGACGAGAACAAGCUCACGCCCACCUCGCCCACAUCGACUUUCUUGUUGCACCGCUUCAUGGUGCCGCCGUCUGCGCGGUUCCUGCGGACCAAGGACAUAGCAUUUGUUGGCUUCAACAUGAACUUCAGCAACGCGAUAACAGCCCACGUGCAGGGCCUCUGGGUAUCGGCCUACUUUGCCGGCAAGCUGGAACGCGACCCGAGCGCCGUGAUCAGGAACGACGACGGCGACGAGUACGACCGCAGCAGCAGCAGCAGCGACAGCAGCUGCGACAAGAAAUGGGCGGCGGAAAAGACGCUGCAGGACCUGCAGUACGAGACGGUUCUGCACAACCGCAUGGGCAAGUGGCGAUACCCGCACGACCACGGCGCCAAGCACCCCGACUUUGUGUUCGAGGCGCUGCCGUUCCUCGACACCCUCGUGGCCGACCUCGGCCUGCCCGUGCACCGCAAGAAAAGCUGGUUCAGCGAGGUGACGGAGCCCUACGGCGUCAAGGACUACUCGAACGUGAACGAGCAGUACGUGGAUAGGUUGAAGGCUUUGGAGAUGCCUUGAGGUACAGCGACGAGCAUGGGAGUUUGGAAGGGAGCGGGGCUUACCUAAAAUCGCUUGUUUUUUUUCUUUUUCUUUUUUUUUUUUUUUGUUCUUGAUUGAGGGUGGUUGCGUGGUUGGAAAUGCAUGACAAUGUGCUGAUGACGGUGAAAUACGCACGGCUAUCAGGCCUGACAUAUAACUAAAGUAUCUACUCUAAUGUAUUUUAUUUCACUUGUUCAAUUUCGUGUUCAAUCGAAUGGCAGUUUGAGGUUG